GGGCCGGGGCGGGCGGAUCGCGCGGAGGGCGGCGGCCUGGGCCCGGCGAGCCAUGGCGGCCCCGGAGCCGGCGCCGAGACGGGGCCGGGAGCGCGAGCGGGAGGACGAGAGCGAGGACGAGAGCGACAUCCUGGAGGAGAGCCCGUGCGGCCGCUGGCAGAAGCGGCGGGAGCAGGUGAACCAGGGGAACAUGCCCGGAAUCCAGAGCGCGUUCCUGGCCAUGGACACGGAGGAGGGCGUGGAGGUGGUGUGGAACGAGCUGCACUUCGGCGACAGGAAGGCCUUCGCGGCCCACGAGGAGAAGAUCCAGACCAUGUUCGAGCAGCUGGCGCUGGUGGAGCACCCCAACAUCGUCAAGCUGCACAAGUACUGGCUGGACGCGUGCGAGGCCCGAGCGCGGGUGGUCUUCAUCACAGAGUACGUGUCGUCGGGCAGCCUCAAGCAAUUCCUCAAAAAGACCAAGAAGAAUCACAAGGCCAUGAACACCCGGGCCUGGAAGCGCUGGUGCACGCAGAUCCUGUCCGCGCUCAGCUUUCUGCACGCCUGCAGCCCCCCCAUCAUCCACGGGAACCUGACCAGUGACACCAUCUUCAUCCAGCACAACGGCCUCAUCAAGAUCGGUUCUGUGUGGUACCGCAUCUUCUCCAAUGCGCUCCCGGACGACCUCCGAAGCCCGAUCCGCUCUGAGCGCGACGAACUGCGGAACCUGCACUUCUUCCCGCCCGAGUACGGCGAGGUUGCUGAUGGCACCGCCGUGGACAUCUUCUCCUUUGGGAUGUGUGCACUGGAGAUGGCCGUGCUGGAGAUCCAGGCCAACGGAGACACUCGAGUCACCGAGGAGGCCAUCACCCGCGCCAGGCACUCCCUGAGUGACGCCAACAUGCGGGAGUUCAUCCUGUCCUGCCUGGCCCGGGAGCCCGCCCGCCGGCCCUCGGCCCACAGCCUGCUCUUCCACCGCGUGCUGUUUGAGGUGCACUCCCUGAAGCUCCUGGCGGCCCACCGCUUCCUGCAGCACCAGUACCUCAUGCCCGAGAACGCGCUGGAGGAAAAGACCAAGACGAUGGACCUGCACGCCGUCCUGGCCGAGAUCCCCCGGGCCCGCGGGCGCCCGGAGCAGUGGCGGUACUCGGAGGUCCCCUUCUUGGAGCUGGACAAGUUCCUGGAGGACGUCAGGAACGGGAUCUACCCUCUGAUGAACUUCGCGACCACUCGGCCCCUGGGGCUGCCCCGUGUGCUGGCCCCGGCCCCCGAGGAGGCCCAGAAGGCCAAGACCCCGACUCCAGAGCCCUUUGACUCGGAGACCAGGAAGGUGAUCCAGAUGCAGUGCAACAUGGAGAGGAGCGAGGACAGGGCCCGCUGCUCACUCUGCUCCUGGUGCUGGAGGACAGGCUGCAUCGGCAGCUCACCUACGACCUGCUCCCAACCGACAGUGCCAAGGACCUGGCCGCGGAGCUCGUGCACUACGGCUUCGUCCACGAGGACGACCGGACGAAGCUGGCCGCCUUCCUGGAGAGCACCUUCCACAAGUACCGCGGGGCCCAGCCCUGACCCCGUGCCCCAGCUCCCAGGAUCAGCCGGGGUGCUGCUGGCUGGCCACAGCGGGUCCACGUUGGGGAGAACAGGGACCAGGACCACUUCUGCCUGGCCCUGCACCCCUGGGGGCUGAGGAGCUAGUGCCCAGCCAAUGAGGGCCUCCAGCUUCCCACAGCAGAGGGCUGAGGCCCCACCUCUGGGAGACCCUGGGGAAGGGGGUGGGGGGCAAUAGGCUUAGCUAUUGUGGAGUGAGAGCGCUUGGGCUGGGGGCUGGUGGUCAGGGCUCCCCCACCCUGCCCCACCUGGCUUCCACCAGUCAGCACCCCUCCCCAUGAUCCUCCACUCUCCUUGGCCAGAAGCCCACCCAGAAGCUGCCGGGCCAGUGCCGGAGUCCCUGAGCCACGGUGCUGGGGAGUGGGGGUCAGCCCUGGACGCCCCGUGUGCUCUGGGAGAGCAGCCAUCCCCGUCGGUGCUGCAGACCCACGCAGGAGCUGGGACCCCUGCCCUGGGCCCGGGUGCAGCAGCUGCAGGAGCGGGCACAGGGCCGGCACCCAGAGCCUUCAGGCGGUGACCCGGCGGGGCAGUGAGAAGGAAGGGCACUCUGAGGAGCCCGAGGCCCCAGCCCUGACGCAGACCACCCUGGAGGCCCCGCUGCCGAUGCCUUUCCCAUCCCCACAGCCCCCGCCAAGGGGCGGUGUGCCCCCUGCAUACCUCGGCCCGGAGAGGUCAGGGGUCAGGUGUCUUCCCACUGCCUCCCUGAAGGCGUGAACCUCCCACUGUCCCUCCCACUCCUCCCUCCGAGCCGAGGGUCCGCAGCUCCCGGCCCCGCGUCUCUGUCCACUCAACUCCGGUCUGAUCUUGGGGGUUUCCGUAUCCUCCCUGAGGCCCUCCCUUCUCCCUGGCCUCCAGGUCACCUCUGGAACCACUUUUCAUCCAUUGUCAAAUUGAGCUAACACGCUGAAGCCCUGUAAGUUGCAUGUAUAAAUUUAAUGCAUUCCAUUUCCUUUUUAAGCAUUUCAGAUGCCAAAUCAGGAAAGCUCACUGCCUGCGUUAGUUUUCCAUGGUGGCCGUACCAAGUUACCACAAACUCCGAGGCUGAAACAACCCAGGCUUCACCACCUAACAGUCCUGGAGGUCGGUCGCCCGGGGCAGCUCUCGCCGGACUAAGUUCAGGGUGCUGACAGGCUGCGCUGCUUCCUGACGGCUCUCGGGGACAGUCCACUUCCCUGCGGCUGUAGGAUCCAGGUCCCCGUUUUCUUGCUGGCUGUGAAUGGAGAGCUGUUCCUGUUUCUAGAGGCUGCUGCAUACCUUGUUUGAGGCCCGCACCCCCAUCUUCAAAGCCGGCAGUGGUGGGCUUGGGUUUGGUCUUUUCCUCGAAGCCAGAAGGUCUCUCUGCUUGGAAAGACUUGCAACGACGUGGUGUCCACGUGGACGAUCCCGGAUAAUCUCCCCACUUCCACUCAAUCCCACCUGCACCGUCCCUUCUGCCAUGUGCAGAAGGGGGGUAGGGUGUGGGCAUCUUUGGGGCAGAACAUUGUUCUGCCUACUCCCCCCCCCAACCGAAAACCAAAAUAAAACCACAAACUUACCAAGUUAUGGCAAAUAAGUUCAAGGUGCAAAUACACCGAAUCUCAAAUUAUCUCAAACAUUUCAAUACUAUUUACAAAAUUACUCAAAUUCUCACAUCUUUCAACUUAAAAUUACAAAUCUGAAAUCACAUCCCCAUUCCAGAUGGAGCCCUGAGGCUCCGCCGCCCGAUUCUGCACGGUCUUCCGUGGCCGCGCCUGUGGCCGAGCGACCCCGAGGGCCCGGUGCCCUCAUCGUCUUGCGUGCUCCUGCGGUGUCUGCUCCUUCGCUCUGGGUUUUAGCUUUUCGAAGCUCUGUAUAUACAUACAUAUACUUUUUGUUUUACAAGUGAAAUGCUUUUUUUUUCUAGGCCAAUAAUGAACAAUAAAAGCAGUCUCUUAUGCUGA